ACCACAGAAGAAGAAGGAUCUGUUUCAGGAAGUUGUAACAGAAUAAUUAUGUGGCUAACGUUGUCGUUGGUGAAAUACUUUUUGUGAUGAUUAAUUCAAACGUUAACUUUGUGGGCAAUGCAUGAACAUUCACACAGCUUACAAUAUGGCUAAUAUAGCAAGGACCGGAGACAUUAUCCAUUUAAACGUUGGAGGAAAAAGGUUCAGCACCUCCAGACAGACAUUGACAUGGGUCCCAGACUCCUUUUUCUCAAGUCUUCUAAGUGGGAGGAUCUCAACCUUGAAGGAUGAAACUGGAGCGAUCUUCAUAGAUCGGGACCCAUCUCUCUUUACUCCUAUACUGAACUUCCUGCGUACCAAAGAGUUGUUUCCCAGGUCUAUAAAUGUGCACCUGCUCAUGCAUGAAGCGGAGUUCUAUGGAAUCACUCCGUUGGUGCGUAAGCUGCAGCUUUGUGACGAACUGGACCGAUCUUCCUGUGGAAACGUGCUCUUCAAUGGCUAUCUGCCGCCUCCAGUAUACCCAGCGAAGCGGAGAAACCGUCACAGUGUGGCGGGACCUCAGUAUAUGGUGGGCUGUGCCUUGCCCAUGGAGAGGGCUCCAGUGAGACGCAGCAACACCAUGCCACCCAACCUGGGCAACGCGGGCAUACUGGGUAAAGCAACGAUUGAGGAGAGGAUAAGUGGUGCUCAGCUUGCAGACCCAGGCAUGGUCCGCAUCAUCUGUGGCCACCACAACUGGAUCGCUGUGGCUUAUGCCCAGUUUGUUGUUUGCUACCGAGUGAAGGAGUCUACGGGCUGGCAGCAAGUGUUCACCAGUCCCCGCCUGGACUGGGUGAUUGACAGGGUGGCACUCAACGCCAAGGUGAUGGGCGGCUCCCUGGGAGACAACGACAAGAUGGUGGCCGUGGCCUCGGGCACAGAGAUCAUCCUCUGGACUAUCUGUCCCGACGGCAACGGCAACGAGAUAGGUGUGUUCAGUCUGAAUGUCCCCGUGGAGGCUCUCUUCUUCGUGGGGAACCAGCUUAUUGCCACCAGCCACACAGGGAAAGUGGGAGUAUGGAAUGCAGUGACCAAACAUUGGCAGAAUCAAGAUGUCGUUCCCAUUAAUAGCUAUGACACUGCCGGUUCCUUCCUCAUUCUAGGCUGUAACAAUGGGUCCAUAUAUUAUAUAGAUGUUCAGAAGUUUCCAUUGAGGAUGAAGGACAAUGACCUCCUAGUGACAGAGUUGUACCGCGACCCCACGGAGGACGCUGUCACUGCUCUCAGUGUCUACCUCACGCCCAAAACAAGCGACAGCGGCAACUGGAUUGAGAUCGCCUACGGGACCAGCUCGGGCACGGUGCGGGUCAUAGUGCAGCACCCGGAGACCGUGGGCUCUGGGCCCCAGCUUUUCCAGACCUUCUCAGUCCACCGUAGCCCCGUCACCAAGAUCAUGCUCUCUGAGAAGCAUCUCAUAUCAGUGUGUGCAGACAACAACCACGUGCGGACCUGGACGGUGACUCGCUUCAGGGGCAUGAUCUCCACCCAGCCAGGCUCCACCCCCCUCACCUCCUUCAAGAUCCUCUCUCUGGAGGACAUCGACGGCCACGGGGGCUGUGCUGCCGGCACUGAGAUAGGUCCGUAUGGCGAGCGAGACGACCAGCAGGUGUUUAUCCAGAGGGUCGUCCCCGACACAGACAAACUCUACGUGCGCCUCUCGUCCAACGGGAAGAGGGUGUGCGAGGUGCGCUCUGUGGACGGCACCUCCAUCACCUCCUUCAUGGUGCACGAGUGCGAGGGGUCCAGCCGCAUCGGCUCACGUCCCCGCCGCUACCUCUUCGGUGGCCACGCCAACGGUAGCAUCCAGAUGUGGGACCUGACCACCGCCAUGGAGAUCGCAGGGAAAGUGGACAUCAGGGCGCUGGGCGGCCCCACAGAGGAGGAGCUCCUGGAGCUGCUGGACCAGUGUGACCUGGCUCUGACCCGUACGCCCGACAUGAGUCCCGCUGCCUCCUUCACCCACUCCUCCACCCCCCGAGCCUCCACCUCCAGUUUGCAGUCCCAGCUGAGUGAGAGCUCCAGAGAGCGUGGGACCAGAGGAGGUGUGAGCAGCUCGGGUCCCUUCUCUGGUAACCUGCCCCGCCAGGCCCCUCCGGUGCCCCUCACCAAGCCCCGGGACAUGGCUCUCUCCAUGGCGGGGUUGGGCAUCCAGCCCCACCACCUGGGUCUGAGCCAGGCCUCCCUCAGCAGCAGUGGCAGCCCCCGGCCCGGCCGCACCGUCCUCCAGGACAGAGACCGGGACGCUGGCAUGGGGUCUCUUCGCAGGGGUAGUUUUGUUGAGCGUUGUCAGGAGCUUGCCAAGGUCUCUGACUCUGCAGGAGGGGCGGAAGGGGGAACGCGGCGCAGCCUGGCUGUAUGCUCGGAGUUGGAGGCUAGACUGGGCCUACGGACCCCCGCUUCUUUCUCCAGCCCCCCUGCAGCCUCCCCAACUUCAUCGCCGCGCCGGCCGCAGCCCAUCUCACCCAGCCCUGCCCCUGCUACAAUCGUCAGUCCAACCCGCUCCCAGACCCCCGUGUCGCCUCGUCGAGCUGACACCUCCCCUACUACAGAAGUCCCACCCCCUGAGGCUGCAGCAGCCACUCCAGAGAGCUCCUCCCCUGUGCCCCCCACCAGUUCUAAACCCCCUAUGAAUGAGACCAGCUUCUGACUGGCUCGGUGAUGUCUGAGUGAGUGGACUAACAAUGGACGCUUUUGGUGUUUCUGAGCAUGUGUGGUUUAGUGACGGCACCUAUUGUCACAUUUAUGGACAUUUCUUAUCAAGGACACAUAUCAAAUGUCAUUCCUCUGUUUUCAAAAGAUUCACAUACAACAUAUAUCCAAACUGUCAAUGUGUUGAUGAUACACAUUGUAAAUCUAGCCAUGUAUACAGUUGUUCGGUUGCAUUUGGUAGAGCAGUCCAUUUCAUUAAAUUACACUGAACAAAAAUAGAAAUGCAACAAUUUCAAAGAUUUUACUGCGUUACAGUUCAUAUAAGGAAAUCAGUCAAUUGAAAUGAAAUCAUUAGGCCCUAAUCUAUGUAUUUCACAUAGCUGGGAAUACACAUAUGCAUCUGUUUGUCACAGAUACCUUAAACAUUUUUGUAGUGUGGUCAGAAAACCAGUGAGUAUCUGGUGUGACCACCAUUUAUUUGCCUUAUGCAGCACAAUACAUCUCCUUCACAUAGAGUUGAUCAGGCUGUUGAUUGUGGCCUGUGGAAUGUUGUCCCACUCCGCUUCAAUAGCUGUGCGAAGUCGCUGGAUAUCGGCAGGAACUGGAACACGCUGUUGUACAAAAUCGAUCCAGAGCAUCCCAAACAUGCUCAAUGAGUGACAUGUCUGAGAAUACAAGUCAUGGAAGAACUGGGACAUUUUGUGUACAGGUCCUUGCAACACGGGUCAGUGUAUUAUGCUGAAACAUGAGGUGAUGGCGGCAGAUGAAUGGCAUGACAAUGGGCCUCAGGAUCUCGUCACGGUGUCUCUGUGCAUCCGUGGAGGCUGGUGGGCUCAUAGUAAUGGUUGGAAUGGAAUAAAUGGAACUUUGUAUAUAACAAAUCAAAUAUAUGGAAACCACAUGUUUGACUCCGUUCCAUUUCUAUCAUUCCAGCCAUUACAAUGCGUCCGUCCUCCUGUAGCUACUCCCACCAGCCUCCAUUGCCGUGCACUCAAAUUGGCAUUGAUAAAAUGCUCUUUUGUUUGUUGUCCGUAGCUUAUACCUGCCCAUACCGUAACCCCACUGCCACCAUGGGGCAUGCCUCUAGCCUACACAACGUCCCUGUCUGCCAUCUGCCCGGUGCAGUCGAAACCGGGAUUCAUCUGUGAAGAGCACACUUCUCCAGUGGGGCCAUCGAAAGUGAGCAUUUGAGAUUUUUUUUUUAGGAUGAGCACGCAGAUUAGCUUCUCUGAGGCAGAAAUGGUAUUAUUCGGUUGUGCAAAACCACAGUUUCAUCAGCUGUCCAGGUUGGCUGGCCUGGCCUCUAAACGUUUCUGAUAUCCUCUACAGGUUUCUCUUUCAGUCUUCCUGCUUUGCACUACGGUUGGCGUUCUGUACCUUAAAUGAAUCAAUAAGCCUACUGCACACGCAGUAUCAAAUGUAGUGAUGAUUGUUGACGAAGAAUCCGAUGGCUAAUCUAUAGAUAAAUGAUAGACAUUUUAUCAUUCAUAUGUUUAGUUACAUCUGACUAACUUACUGCCAUUUUGGAUCAUUCUUUUUCAAGUCUUCCUCCAGAUCACAACCCAGUGCCUCACGUACCUGUGUUUUUAUGUUUUUUAAUUUAUUUUAUGGGUUAUGACCAUUUUACCGAAACUUCGUUACAAGGACAAGCAACUUGAUUGUGGAGUGAUUCUACCAAACAUCGGUAGAGGUCUAUCUCUUUGUGCUUUUUCUGAACCAUUUGAACACUUAGGUGAAUAUUUACAAAAUAUAAACAUGUUUUCACAUGUUUGUGUAUUUAGUGGUUUCUGUCGCAAUGUUAACCGGGUUGAUUGAUAUGUCAUUGACAACAGCGUAGUUCAAUAGCUCAGACGAAGAGGCGUGUUCAAAUGUCUCUGUGUUUACUCUCUGUCUUGUCUAAUACUUCUUUUUUUUUUGUCUUUCACUUUGGUAGCAUUUGUUUUUCCUCUGCAAUUCCAUGAUGUGCCACAUAAAUGAAGCAGAAAGUCA